CAACAUGCAAUGGGAUCCUUCCCGUUCACCUCGGUUACCAGGACGAUCUCCGGUCCUAAUACAGUAGAAACUUGGGCGCUAAACAGAUGUCUUCAAUGUUGCAGAGAGCUCCAAGGCAAUUUUGUAGUGCAAUCUAACAAAAGAAAAUAGAAAAGGUGGAUCAAUUGGUCGAAAUCAUCCAGACCAACGAAUUUUGGGUCGUUUCAAGAAGUUUCGGAACAGUUAUUCAGGAUUCACGUCGAUGACACUUUGCCUGCGAGCGAGGCCUGUGCUCUAUUGUUCAUGUCCAGUGAAGAAAGGGGCUACCAAGAAUGGCUUCAUCAGCCAUCUUCUUGGGACCCCAUUUCCAUCGUUGGUCUCUAAUGUCUGCAUCUCUGUGUGAGGAUUUUGCUUUUGGCUGUAAAUAUCCAAUUUUUUGUCAAUAAAAUUGAGGGCUCGCCCCUCCGCAUGAGUUUUCCGGGAAGGAGCACAAAAGAAUAACAGCGAAGCUGGAAGGAAAUGGGCAAAAGUUUUAUUAAUAAACAGAAAAAAUACUGCUUAGAACAGUUCUAUUACAAAUGGGAUUUCUCCCUUGUUUAUGGACAAAACAACAUAAUAAAGAAGUAGCCAUUAGAUAGAUCCAACAGCUCUAGAAGAAGCCGUUGGAGCUAGUCAACAAACUAGCGCCAAUCUGGUCAAACUGCAAAAGUGUCCAGAUAUGAAAAUAAAUACAAAAAUAAAAUAGAGAAAAACACUAAAAAUUACAGACUUUGCUUAAAGAUAAUUCCUUAGAGUUGGGCAUUGAUGUAGGCUGAAGGAAGAAUGACCCUUUCUCAUGAUGUCCAUUUAAUGUAUAGCAAUAGAAUAGAAUAUUGUGGAGACUAAGUUGUUUUAAAGAUUAAGGUAAAUUCAUGGUAUAUUAGUUAUAAUGUUUCAAUAAUACUCAAUUUUUAAGAUAUAUUCAUUACACAUUCACGUAAAGCUCUUGCCGUAAAACAGUAUUUAAGGGCAUAUUUGGCAACAGUAACAAAUUGUUAUGUUUUAUAAAUAUAUAUUGAAAUAAAUUUAUGAAACAUUGUAACAUAAUUUAUGAAUAUGACUCAAAUGCUUUAGAAGAUUUACAAUAUCACUAAUAUCACUGCUUCUCUUCUCAUGUUGUUUUCCAAGCAUGCAAAUGAUGAAAGGAAAAAUAUUUUUGAAAAAAAAGAAGAUCCCAUUGGUUAGGUGGGGUCCGCAGGAAAAUGGAGGAGAAACGGCCAAACGACCAAACGUGCAGGCUUAAAAUGAGCAAAAACCGUGCAUUUUGCAUUUUGGUUUCAACGAAGAGCAGGUCGGUGGGGGUUUUAAAUUUCCGACUGGGUUUUGCCGGAAGCCUAGGAUGUGCGGGAUCGCUCUUAUCAUUUCCGGCGUCCAGAUAGACUCGUCGUGCCUGCAGGAGUGCAGGGUGCAGAUGAAGAACUGCCGGCGUCACGGGGCGGAAAGGGACUAGGAUGUUCAUGGACUAUGGAGAUGCUAUUGGCAGCACUUCAGAGACGGGGCCCUGAUGUCGUGGGAAGCAAGAAAGUUCAACUUGAGCUAUGUGGAGAUGAUGCAUAUGUUAAAGAAGGAGCCAGCAAGGAAAUUGCAACGCUACUCUCCAUUGGCAUAAGCAGAUUAGAUUGUGGAUAUAAUAUUGGUGUAACUCACGCAUUGCCUUCUGCAAAAAUGCAUUUUAUGGUGCUACAUUGCAACUUAGGGAUACCAAUCCAGUGCAUCAACCACUGACAAAUGAUUUUGGAAAUAUCCUUGUUUACAAUGAGAUGCUGUUCAUGUUCUUGCCAUGUAAGUCAUAGGGUCUGUUGUUGUAAUGACAAAGAAGGCCAUACAUUGUUCCACAGAUAUUGUCGACAAUCAGAGGACCAUGGGCUUUAGCACAUUGGCAGGUGGAAUCAAGAACGUUGUAGUAUGGUCAGGAUGUAUUUGGUUGGCAAAGUCUUCUCAUUCAUUGGCCCAAUACAGAGGACUCGCGAUUUAUGCUCUCUUCUGUUGCACCACCACUAGUUCUACAAUUUAAUGGAUUGCAAUGUACCACUUGGCGAUGUCAAGGUUCAUUCCAUCCCAGGACAAAAUCUAUUAGAUGCUUCUAGUUACUGCGAAUUGCAUGGCGAAGCAGAUUGCUGUAAUAAGUUUGAUUCUGAUAUCGACUGCAUAGACCAACCAAAAGCAGUUUCACUUCAUAAUGGUGUGCUUCUUUUCCUAUCUUCCAGUUCAUUUUUCCUAUUUGAGGAAAAAAUACCAGAAAUGCUUGUUUUGCUCCUGAUGCUUCUCUUGCACUUGCAGUUUCGUUGUCAGCAAAAUAUUUGCUUAAUGCACUCAAAGAAUCUGUAUCAAGACGUACUUCUAAAGAUUACAUAUAUCAGAUGGCGCUUUGUGGAAAUUGAUGCUGAUCUGUCAAAGCUGGAUUCAGAGUCAAAGCAUGUUAUGUCACUGAUUAGUCCAGCAAAUACAUACAUGAAUUUGCAAACUGGGAAGAUGAUUGAUGGAGGCUAUGAGAAAUGGGGCAUCUACAUCCUAUCUGAAUCUGUGGGGGCUAAGAUGGAAGGAAGCAGAGGUUAUCUGAAGGAGGGAUUUAUGGCAGAAGAAGCUGUUGCUGGAAAUUCUGAGGCGCUUCGUGUCCUGAGGCAGCUCAUAAUCUACCCAAUCAUCUAUGCAAAAGAGUCUCAAAAACUCGGAUUAAAGUGGCCAAGGGGGUUGCUGCUUUAUGGUCCACCUGGUACUGGAAAGACAAGCCUGGUUCGUGCUGUUGUUCGUGAAUGUGGUGCAACUUUGACCCUAAUUAGCCCACAUACAGUUCAUAGGGCAUAUGCCGGAGAGAGUGAACGCAUUUUGCGAGAGGCAUUUGAUCAGGCAUCAUCUCAGGCGUCGGAAGGCAAGCCAUCAGUGAUCUUCAUAGAUGAGAUUGAUGUUUUGUGUCCUAGACGUGACUCGAGGAAAGAACAGGAAUCUCGGAUAGUGGCUCAGCUUCUCACCUUGAUGGAUGGGAGCAAAGCUUCACGAAAGUCCUAUUCCCAUGUUGCUGUUAUUGCAUCAACCAACAGGGUCAAUGCGAUAGAUCCAGCACUAAGGAGACCAGGACGGUUCGAUGCAGAAAUUGAAGUCACAGUGCCUACUGAGGAAGAGAGGUUAAAAAUUCUUGAGCUCUGCACAAGGAAGCUUUCCCUCGAGAAGGAUGUUGACUUACAAUCUAUAGCUUCAUCAUGCAAUGGAUUUGUUGGUGCUGAUAUAGAAGCACUAUGUCAUGAAGCAGCAAUUGCAGCAAUGCGUAGAUGCUCAUGCUACAGUGAUCAGGGUGACAUUUGCAGAUUGACUGUUAAUGAUUGGGAGUAUGCAAGGUCAAAGGUUGGUCCUAGCAUUACAAGAGGUGUAACUGCGGAUGUCGCAAAAGUAUCAUGGGAAGAUAUUGGAGGGUUAAAGGACUUGAAGAAGAAACUUCAGCAAGUUGUUGAGUGGCCUAUAAAACAUUCUGAUGCAUUUGCAAGACUGGGGUUAUCACCAGUGCGUGGAGUCCUUUUACAUGGACCUCCAGGUUGUUCAAAGACCACCCUUGUCAAAGCUGCAGCUCAUGCUGCCCAGGCAGCAUUUUUCUCUUUGAGUGGUGCAGAGGUUUAUUCCAUGUAUGUUGGAGAAGGAGAGGCAUUACUGCGUAGAACCUUCCAAAGAGCUCGCCUGGCAGCACCAAGCAUUAUUUUCUUUGAUGAAGCUGAUUCAGUUGCCUCAAAACGUGGUGAUGGAGAAAAUUCUCAGAGUAAGCCGACAGUGGGGGAGAGGCUUUUAUCUACACUACUAACUGAAAUGGAUGGUCUUGAGUCAGCAACUGGCGUUCUUGUUCUAGCUGCAACUAAUCGGCCUCAUGCAAUUGAUGCUGCAUUAAUGCGUCCAGGGCGCUUUGAUUUGGUGCUUUAUGUCCCACCUCCAGAUAUGGAAGCACGCGUGGAGAUAUUGCAGGUGCAUACACGUCAUAUGAAGUUAGACAAAGAUGUUGAUCUUGAACAGAUUGCGGCAGAGACAGACCUAUUCACAGGGGCCGAGUUAGCUGGUCUAUGUAGAGAAGCAGGGAUGGUAGCUCUUAGAGAGGACCUUUCUGCAAGUAUGGUCUCUAAUCGCCAUUUUCAAAUAGCAAGAAACUCAUUGACCCCUUUAUUAACUAAAGACGACCUUGAGAAAUAUUCAUCUUUCAUGAGGAACCAUCAAUGAUAAGAUUUAUGUUUUUCUUUCCC